AGCGAGAGACAACAAAUGAGCCUCCGACACACGCUUUAAAGGUGAGAUCACCUCAUCCACAGCUCCCCGCGACCAUCGCCGAGUGCCGCCGCGGUUCUAUUCUCAUGGUCGGCGUAUGCGCUGGUUCUGCUCACUUACUUAUUUGGCAGCGAGGACUAGAAUGGUCAGCAGCCAGCCCAAGUACGAGCUGAUCCAGGAGGUGGGGCGGGGCAGCUACGGCGUAGUGUACGAGGCCGUGGCGAGACGCACUGGGGCCCGCAUGGCUGUUAAGAAGAUCCGCUGCCACUCGCCCGAAAACGUGGAGCUGGCCCUGCGUGAAUUCUGGGCCUUGAGCAGCAUCCAGAGCCAACACCCCAACGUCAUUCACCUGGAGGAGUGCAUCCUGCAGAGGGACGAGCUGGCACAAAGGAUGAGCCAUGGGUCUAGUUCGCCGCUUUAUCUGGAGCUGGUGGAGACGUCCCUGAAAGGCGAGAUCGCGUUCGACCCGUGCUGUGCCUACUACCUGUGGUUCGUCAUGGACUUCUGUGACGGCGGCGACAUGAAUGCAUACCUGCUGUCCCGCAAACCCAGCCGCAAAACCAACACCAGCUUCAUGCUCCAGCUCGGCAGCGCCUUGGCCUUCCUCCACCGGAACCAAAUCAUACACCGAGACCUCAAACCCGAUAACAUCCUCAUCUCGCAAAGCCCCUCGGCAGCCGGAUCACCGGAACCCACCCUCAAAGUCGCAGAUUUUGGGCUCAGCAAGGUCUGUUCGACUUCUGGGUUAAACCCGGAAGAGCCAGCGAGCGUCAACAAGUGCUUCCUGUCUACAGCGUGCGGUACAGACUUUUACAUGGCGCCUGAAGUAUGGGAAGGGCAUUACACGGCUAAAGCUGACAUCUUCGCUCUCGGGGUUAUAAUUUGGGCGAUGGUGGAGAGGAUUACGUUUGUGGAUGUAGAGACUCAGAAGGAGCUGUUGGGCAGUUACGUGCAGCAGGGCUCCGAGAUUGUACCGCUAGGGGAAGCACUCCUGGAGAACCCCAAAAUGGAGUUGCUUAUCCCGGCUCGGAAAAAGAGCAUGAACGUCCACAUGAAGCAGCUCAUAAGGGAGAUGCUGUCGGCCAACCCUCAGGAGCGACCCGACGCCUUCGAGCUGGAGUUAAGACUAGUGCGGAUAGCGUGCAGGGAGAUGGACUGGGAUACGUGAUGGUACUUGAACGCACCGCGGACUAUUGCCCCGUCUACUGUUGUAAAAAACUGAAUGGGGAAAACUGUUUUGUAACUACGGACGAUAUGUAGAGUAGUGUUGUGUUUUGUUGUCAUGACUAAAGCCACUGUCCAAGCACAUUCUACAAAGUUCUAUUCUCGCUGUCUUUAUAACAAGAGGAGAACCACUCACCUGCUGUUGCUGCUGCGCUAAACUGCAGCUCUGUCUCAGGCUAAUCACAUCUCAGCUUCCACUUAGACAAAAAUAAAAAUACAGAAGUCAAGUGUGUAUGUUGGUUUCCUACGCUGUGGUGAAAAUAGAGCUGGCAAUAUUUGGUGAAUCUGUUAAUUUAUAUCUGAAACUUUUCAAGAAUCUUUGGAACAUUUGACAAACUUUCACUGUAAACUUAAUGGUUGCCUAUAAGUUGGGUUGAUACUAUGUCACCCUGGCUUGCUAAACUGGAAAAAAAUUCUUAACUACUUUCUUGACAACUGAUGCUUUUGCAUUUGUACAAUUUUAACUGUAUUGUAGUUUGCCUCAGUUUGAAGAAUUGGGCCCCUAUUCCCUAAGAAAUGUGGGAAACUGGAAAAAAGGAAAAAACAUUUGAUGCUAUUGUCAAAAUGUAUAUCUUUUAUAUAAAAAUAAAUACUCUGGGCAUGUAUAUUAUGGCCCAGGUUUGGUAAAUGUGUAAGCAUUUUUACAAAACUAUCCUUAUUUCUCACUUAACUGUUUGCCUCAAAGUAACUCUGGCUACGUUUACAAAAUUAUUGCAAGGAAACCAUAACAAUGUGUUCCUAAUUCAACCUUAGCUCUUUCAUCACAUUGUUGGAAACCAAUUUCUAUACUUGCGCACACUAAAAGAGCAGAUGGAUCUCAAAUUGGUAGCAGGUAAGCAGGUUGCCUACAAAUCCCAUCAUCCCGUUCGGUGCUAAGUUUUGCAAUACGAGACACCAUCCUGUGAUCACUACAGCAUCCAUCUAUUCAACCUGCCUGGCACUACACCACCAGCACUACUGUGGCAUACAGUCCCGGCAUUAUACAAUUCUGGCUGCUCAGGUAAUACCAAUAAGAAUUAUGGGAUUUGUAGGCAAACGCGUGUCUAGGUAGGUCUGCUCUUUCUUACUGACAGGAAAUCCGAAAACACUGAUGCUUGAAGAUACGUUGUGUUCUCUUUUCUUACAAAGCUGCUUUUAUGGGGUGGUUGUGGGUGGGAUCGUUCGGGGUGGGGUUACUUCACUAUCAGUAAGGGUCCAGCCAUUAGAAGCUUGUGGUACAUUUUUUGUUGUUGUCUAUUUCAAGAUGUUUCCUAGAUACACCCCCUAACAAAUGUACCAGAAUGUAAAAAAGAUUGUACAGGGAGGAUGAAUUAAUAAGGAACCUUAAACACAAGCACUUGACGGCUAAUACUAAGAAAGUUGGGGUAUUUCAGUUGGGUUAGCGAUAUAAACAACUGGAGAGGAUCUAUUAGCGGUAAAGGCAGGGUAUGAGAAUUUGAAGCCGAAGAUGGGUAAACCUAUCAUGAUAUAACAGAAUUGUAUGUGCAUUUAAAUUAUAAAAUGAUGGCACCUAAAUUAUUAUUAUUAUUCAGAAAUUAUAUUGACCCAGUUUUCUGCCAUGUUGGAAAAUAAGCAACAAUGUCUACAGCCUUUGACAAUAAACAUUUAAUCUCAUUGUGUAGCUCUGAAAUUUUAGAUUAGAUCAAUAUUCCAUAAAUUAUGUAUAAGAGUAGAAACAUGGUGAUUAUAAAAUUUUAAUGGAUCCUGUUGCUGAACUUAAUGGCCAGGGCGCAUUUACUUUCACUUUUGAUUUUCUGAACAUUGAAAAGUCAUUGUAACCUUUGAAAUAUUUUAAGGUGUGUCCAAGAAUUAGGCAUGUUACAGGAUUAAUCAAAUAAUACAACAUGAACUUUUGUUAUAAGGCUAGCUAACAGGAAACUUUAGCUUCCUGUUAGCUAGAUCUGUGAAACUUGUAAACAAAGUAGUGUUGCAAUGAAAUAGACUUACUCCACCACAGUAACGGAAAUUAAGCUGGCCUACAUUUAAGGCGGAAUGGAAUGUGUUUCUAAUAACCUUUAUGUUGCCUAAACGUGACCCCCUUCAGUGCUUCUUUGUGUGGAAAUGCAGAAGUCACUCCCAAUUAUGCUCAAUAAGAGAAAAUGGGUCCAUAUACAUCUCCACUACUGACACCUGGUUUGAACUAGCGAAAUAAAAAAAAAAAGACAUACUAACAAAAAUGCAAAAAUGGUAUUGGCUAAAUUUGAGUAUACCAGUUGACACAGUAUGUUCAUCUCUGCAAAAUAAGUUAAAAUAAAUGUUACUUGUUAUAAGCAUAUGCAAGUGAAGUAAAAUUAACUUCAAUAUUAUGGGGUAAUCAUUGUCCAGUACAGCACCUCUGUUUAAUUCAGUACUUUUUUUUAUCCCCUGUAACUACAACAACAAGUAUCCAGCAAUGGGGCAUACAAUUUCACAUUUUUGUUAUAGAGUUAUUAGGGAUGUAACAAUAACCGAAAUAUCGUGAUAUCGUAUCGUCAAAGUUCCCAUAAUAAUAUCGUGGACCGUCACAAUAUAUUGAAUUACAAGUCUCUUUGCUUAAAUUAAGAGUUAUGGUGCAGCAACAGCUAAAAAAAAACUACAUAGACCAUGAUCCUUUGCUCCAUUUCAGUGGAGACUAUAAGAAGAAAUAACAGUUCAAAGAUUUUUUAAGUCUUCGUUCUUUGGAUUAAGUCUUGUCAAGGAAUUUUAAGAGGAAAAAGUUGCAUAUUAACAGUUUUCUUCGCAGCCUCUACAAAAUAUUGCAAUAAAUAUCGUACCGUAAAGUUCAGACCGUGGAAAUAUCGUAUCGUGGGACUUGGAUAUUGUUACAACCCUAAGAGUUAUAGUAAAAUCAGAUGUGGUUUGUUCAAAAAGCUUAUAAACCCAUGACACUUAAAUUAAAAUUCAUAUCAUCUUUACACCUCUAUUUUACGCCAGUUUUUCUGUUCCUUUCUUUUUCUUCUCUAUUGUUUCUGCUCUGUUAGUUUUUGUUUACCCAUCACUGUCAACUAGCGGUCUAUGAAUUCUCUCACCUACAAUAUGUGAACACACCAGCUCCCCAGUCCUCCCCUAAACCCUCUCCCCCUCUUCCUCUCAACACAUAAUACUGUUGUUAAACCUGAUCUCUUCUCCCCGUGCCAACGCUUGCUUCGUUUCCUUUGGGCUUUCCAGUCGUAAUCCUUAAUUCUCCAUGCUUCCUACGGACUAAUUCCUAAGCCUAUUAAGUGGUUGCUUGCUGCACUUGGUAGCUGAUCAUGCUUAGGCACCUCUUCGACUUGUAGGUCAUGCAUAAUUUUUACAAUCUGUGUCAAAAAUCGGUCCUGGCUCCUUCAAAAAUGAGUGGAAAAUGUCAUUCUUUCCGGUUACCAUUGGUAAUAUAGGCCUCCGAGCUCAAUUGCUGUUGUGUAUUUGUUACUUUUAUCCUUUUUUUGCAAGUCCGGUUUACAGCUGGUUUAAUCCUGUUUUAGACGUGUUUCGGAUCUGCUUUGGUGUUUGUAAUGACUUUGUUCUGAUUUACACCUAGUUUAGUUUAAAAGUGAACUAGGCUACAUUUACAUUUUCACAGUACUUUAUCUUGAUUAAUGGUCCUAUACUACGCAAAAUUGACUCUUGUGAGCUUUAAGACGUGUUAGAAUGUUGUUACCUCAUCAAAAACAUGCCUGGAGUUGUGUUUCGUUUCAUUCCCACGUGCGAGUAACUCUGGUUUUGUCUGUCUACAUCUCCAAAGCACAAAAUGCUCUGUUCCACUUUAUGAUAUAAUGAAGCGGUAGUUUUCACCAGCUACUACUCACCUUUAGUUCAGUAGAGAUUGGCAAUUCCAGAUCUGAAAUGAUCCAAAUAAUUCUAGUGAAGGUGUUGAAACGUAUGGAAAUGUUUAAAAACACAGUGUAAUGGUUCCUAUUUUCCUGUAGGAUUUGUGUGUUAAACAUGUGAAUGAAACAAAACACAAGUCCAGGUAUUUUUUUUGCUGAGGAAAGAUUAUAACAUAGAUCAGAAAAUAGUGUAAUAUGGGCCCUUUAAGAUCUAAACCUGGAACUAAUUUUGAACUAGACUAGGAUUAAACCAGGAUUAAACUGGGCUCAAACCAGAACUAUACAAGGUCACGCACCCUUUUCAGUGUUUGUCCUGGUUUGUAAUUGCCACCUGGUUGUCUCCAUGGAUAUGUAAUCGCCUUGCAUGGAAAGUUCCUCAAUAUGGCAUUAAAUGUUGAACGUUGAUGUACUAUGGAACAUUACAGUACUCUCCACCAGGAAAAGUUCCAUAAUCCACCAUAUAUCUUUUGUUCUGGUUUAGACAUGGUUAAUCUGGAUCUUGGAUGGUUUAGUCUGUAUAUGGUCCUGAUCCAAGGCCUGUUUUUAGGUUUGUUACUUGUAAAUCCCAAAAUGGUAGCCUACUUGAUUUCAAAGGUUUGAAGUCCUUGUUAGCUGUAACGUUAGACUUUUACUAAACAGCAAAUUUAGCAAAUUUUGAGACCUCAUUACCCUUAACUAGCAGAAAUGUGUUUUAACUGCUCCAACAGUGGGCUAUUCAUUGCCAAAAUACUUAGCUAGCAAUCAUGUUAACACAAUUGGCUAUUUCUCUGGUAAAUGGAGGAACAUGAAAAGUUAUAUUUUCUCUUUGGCAUUACUGAGCUCCAUAUCUGGCAUCAUAAAAAGUGAAAAUGUUGAAUGUCCAUUUUCUUUGUCACUAAAAAACAUUACGGUGUGUGCUUUUGAUCAGUCAUUAUGCUAGCCUGAUCUGCGUCACUACUUAUUUGUUAUUGUUUGCCUGAUUGCUAUCUGGUCAUUGCCACAAAUGCUUUCAAAGAACUGCUUGCCAUGAAGGACACAGCUGAAAUGUAGAUAAAAUAUGGCAAUACACACACAUUGACGACAUUUUAUUUUAUUUUUUCAGUCUUUUAUUGUUCUACUCCAUUGUUUUGCUUAAAAAAAAAAAACGUUCAGAAUGUAUUCCACAAUCCUGUACAAGUUUGUCAUUCGUUUGUCAAUCACAGACAUUAUAAUGGAUUUUAUUUAAAUUGUUUUUCAGCACUUGUGAGUUUCACAUUUUUAACACAAUAUGGUGUUUCAUUUCACUGUUUUCAUUUUAAGACUCCUUGAAUUUCAAUUUGAACAUUCAGUCUAUAUAAUGUGUUUGGUUUAAUUUUUUACAACAAACUACAACAUUUUUAAAAAGUUAACUAAGUCUUAUGUUAAAUUAUGCUAACUCCACGCUAGCUCCAUGCAUUGUUUUAUCAUGUUAUUUGUUUGCACAUGUGUAUAGACUGUAUAGGGUAACGGGAUGAACAAGGUCAUUAUUGUACAUUUAAACUGGCUGUGCUCUGUUUUCUAGGGCCCCACCUGUUUGUAUAAAGUUGUGUUGGGUUUCUUCAACUCAUUAUUUUUAAGUUUAUGUCAAUCAUGAAAGAUGUGCUCUAUUUGAAGGGUUAUUAUUGUCAAUGUGUUUGUGAGAAUUCUGUUUUGUUGGCAUAUUGUUUGAAAACUGGAAUUACGUGGGUUGAUUCUGCUGGACUGGAAAUGGAACUAUGAAACUAACCACAAAAUUCCAAAAUUCAUGAUUCGUACGAUUUCGAUUAGGCAUCAGGUGAUUUCUACUUGGCUUGAUUGACAUUUGAUGAAAUUUGUGAAUGUGAAUUUUGGCACUCCCUUGUGGCAGUUAGUGGCACUGUAGUGUACUAUUUCGUAUUAAUUGGCCAACUCUCACUGCCUAAUACGUUAGUAUAUAUGUAGACCCAUUGAGAUGGUCCAGGAAAAAUAAUAUUUGAGGUUGAUUCAAAAUAUGAAUUGAUUUGAGUAAUUCGGAAAAGUUGCAAUUAUAGAGCUUGAGAUGGAAUGCCCCCCCCCAAAAAAAUGCUGUUACCAAGGAAAUUUGCCAUGUUUGCAGAUGAUGGCAUUUGAAUGAAUAGUAAGGCUAGUAUUUAGCGUCUUAAAAUCCCCAUUAAUUUAACAUUAGGAUAACUGCAAAUUCUAUCAGGUGUGACGUCACAAUCCGAGCCACAAUCUGAGCUCUAUUUUGUUUAUGAUAUUGUAUUUUCUUAUUUCAAAAUUGAAAUUACAGCAGAAAUAUGCAAGUGAAAUCUACUGGCACAUAAACUGGUUAAAAAAAUAAAAUAUAUGUAAUUAUAAUACAUAAAACAUGUAAAUGUCUAUGCCUUCUUGAUCCAAAUUACUAGUAACUUAAAUACUCAGUUUCAUAUCCUAAAUUCCUGCACCAAAAGUUAAUUGUGUUACUGUUUUUAUUCUUUGCAGUGUAUAGCCGCAUUAGCUUGCCAAAACUGACACCCACAUUUAAUUCCAUGCUUUUGGCACACUUCUAAGCAAUUUAUGAUGUGUAAAAACUGCAAAAAAGUGAAAAAAAAAAUUUCAUCAGUGCUUGAUGACUUGAUGCCUAGUUUUACUGCUUCAUCGUCUUUGUAAUUUCCCGACCGAUACCAAACCAAACCUCUUUCUCUUUUUUAACAAAUUUUCUCUGCUACAUAUUUUCAAUAACCUGUCAAUCACUGUUGCAUUGAUG